AUGUUCCCAUCUAUUAAAUUUCCUGAUUUUUACGAAACAAAAAGAGUAAGCAAACAAUUUGAAGAAAAAAAAGUUAGCAUCAAAAAUACUGUUAAUCCAUUAUAUAAUGAAAAAAUAACAUGCUCGGAAUUCGAAAAUUGUGAAGAAGAUUUAAAAGAAAUUAAGAAAAAAAAUGAGGAUAUACAACACAUUUUAUGCGAAAAAGCUGCUAAGAUACAGGAAUGGAAGGAAGAGAUGGAGGCUAAAAUUAAAGAAAAGGAAAUUUUAAAUAGCAAUAAUGAGGCCUUGAUCAAUUCACUUAGAAAGACAAAUGUAGAUUUGAAAUUUAAUAAUAAAGAUAAUGAUUGUCAAAAUUUGAAAGAAAAUCUGAAUAAAUGUGAAAUCGAUCGCGAGGAUAUUAAUGUUAAAUAUAACAUUGCCACAGAUAACGAAAUUCAGCUCAAUAAUAAAAUUCUGUUUUAUGAAAAGGAAUUAAAGGAUAGAGAGUUAUAUUUGAAUAAUAUACUCACCAAGUUAUCAUCUACUCAGGAUGAAAAUGCAUAUGUAAAAUCGGAGCUUGUUAAAAUUUCACAAAAGUGUAAAGCUAUGACAUAUAACGAAUCUAGCACGACAUCUAAAAUAAAGGGUCAUUUGGAAAAAUUGCUGAAUGAUUUUGAGAUUAAAAUUUUGAACUGGAAAUUAAAGUUUAACAGCUUAAAGUCGCAUGUUUAUGACAAAUAUGAUGAGAUUUAUAAAAUCAAAACGGAACUGAAUAAUUUUAAAAGUAUCUACUAUGAUACCCUUAAGAUCAAAAAUGAUCAAGAUAUCAAAAUUCAUCAAAUGCGAGAAGAGAUAACUUUGUUAACUGAUUUAAAAAACGAUAUGGUUAAAGAGCGAGACGAACAUAUUGAUACGAUUAAUAAAUUUAAUCUAGAUUAUCAGGAAUUGGAUGAAUUAUGCCACAGCACUAACAAUGCCAAAAAGGAAUUAGAGAAUGAGUUAACAGAGAUAAAACAAACUUUAAAUGAAGAAAAUGACAUCAAACUAAAGGCUAUUGUUGCUAACUCUGAUUACGAGAUCAAAAUUAAAGAGAAUGACGAAAUUAUUAUUGGAAAUAAUCAAACUAUAACUGCCAUGGUAAAAGAGCUAAAUGAUAAAGAUAAGCAUAUGGAAAAUUUGAAUGGUUUAAUCGACAAAAAAUCUCAAAUAAUUGAUAUUAAAGGUCUUCACAAAACAUUGGAAAAAAAUACACUAAUCAUGAGAAAUCUUACAAAAAGGAGUAAAUUUUACGAAAAUCGAAUCAUUAGUUGGCAAAGACUUAAAUUACAAUAUAUGAAAAAGAUCAGCCAUUUGGAUUCAAUGAAUAAAAAGUGCAAGAAUGUCCUAGUUGCUAAGCACCGAAAAUUAUCAAUGAGGUUUAAAAAUUCUGAGAAGACCAUUUUAACCUUAAAAUGUCAAUCGGAAAACUUGAAUGGGAAAUUAAUAGAAAUUAAUGCAACUCUAGAGGAACAUAUUAUAGAAAAUAAAAAGUUACAGAGUCAAAUAGAAAACUGUAAAAAUGAAAAAAUGAAAGCCGAAUCUUUACAGGAACAUGAAAGAAACGAGAUGCUUUUUACCAUGGAGAGAUACAAGCUGGAAAAUGAUAGCAUUAUCAACGAAAAAGAGAAAGAAGUGGAAACUAUAAAGUUAAAAGAAGAUGAAUACAAGGUAAAAUGUGAAAAUAUGUUAAUCCAAAAGGACCAUGAAAUCAAACACCUAACUAAUAUGAUCCAAGAUAAAGAUACAGAAUAUUUUGUACAAAUGGAAGAAAAGAACAAAAUAAUACAAACUUUACAGUCCCAAAGCAACAAGAAAAUAAAAAAAUCACAAAUUCCCGUCCAAACAGAUGCAAUAAAAGGAGUAUUGGUGGAAACUCCUAUUGACAAAAUUAAGAAUCGAAAGAUUAACAAGCUAGAUAACGUGGAUAUGACUACUAAAAGAUCGGCUAAACUUAAAGUACUGACUCCUGGCUUUUACAAAGAAGACAAAUUCAAGGUGGCCAUAAAACAAACAAAGUUGGAUAUGGAAGAAUGGGAGGAUCUUAUAAAAAUUAAAGCUAUACUAUUGCCUUUAUAUGAAACUACAAAUAUGGUAUGUGGGGAGAAUUAUCCUACUUAUAAUUUGUUUCAAAGUAGCAGUGAUAAAGUGUUGGGCUAUUAUAAUUUAACUGCCGAUGAUGCAAUAAUAACCACAAUAUUAGAUCCCAGGCUUAAAGUAGAAUAUUUUAAAUCAAUAUCUCUUGAUUAUGAUAUUGAUAUAUCCAAGUUAAUGGACAAAUUUAAAGAGAUUUACAAUAGAUAUACAGCUCUUAAUUAUAACUGUCAAACAAAUAAGGAUAAAAUUCAACAAAACAGGCUAUAUAUUGUUUAUAAUAUUCAACUGUGUGAAAUAGAUUUUUAUCUGAGUGAACCAAGAGCAAAGAGUGAUACUGACCCGUUAAUGUGGUGGAAGGCAAAUGCAUAUCGGAUCCCCAUACUCUCGAAAAUGGCAAGGGAUUAUCUAUCUAUACAAGGACCAUCAACUGCUUGUGAAAGGCUUUACUCAAAACAACCCAAUAAGAAGUUAUGUUUGAAGCCUCUAAUGAUGCUCAAAAAUGCUCACAAUAAUCUCAACGAUUAUAGUAAAGAUAAUUCUAACGCGAUAUUAAAAAAGAGAGAUUAUUAUGAUGAGGAAUACCUUGAAAUAUCGCCACCCUACAUAUCCCCACCAAUAACGAAUAAAAUAUUGGCAACUGAGGUUUUUGACAAAUCACAGAAAGAAUCAACGAAUGAGAAGAAAAACAAAUUUUUCAAAAAUAGAACGCCUAACGAUAAAAAGAGGAUGUUUGAGGAUUAUCUACAAAAAGAAAAUAUUUUUCCUGCACAGGUUUCAAAAUAUCAACGUAGAGCUAAGGAUCCUAAUCAAAGAGGGAACAUUUUUCAUAAAAAAUUGGAUAUUAAAACGCCUAAUUGUGAUAAUAAUGAUAAAAACAAUCGUUAUAAUCUCAAUUUCAAUAUCGUUAAACAAAAUUUAAAAUUUACAAAUGAUAGGAUUGAUACUGCACCACCAAAAAAAUCCAUUAUUGAUGAUAUAAGCUUUGACAAAGGCAAUGGAAAUAUAUUUGAUAUAACUUUGUCCGAUUUUUAA